CACACAACGCCCACCCAGUUCGUCCGCCACAGCCUCCCGUUCGUGGCCUCGUGGGCGCUCCGCGCGCCGCACACAAACAAACACCUCCCUCCUCGAUCGACUCCUCGACGAUCUCCAGUUCGCCUUCGCUUCCUCGUCGUCCUCCUCCUCCACCACCACCACGCCUCGGCUUCCGGACGCUCGCGAUGUGGUCGCGCUCCGCGUCCGCGGCCAGCUCCGCUGUGGCGCUCUGCGGUCGCGGCGGGCACCGCCUGCUCUCGUGCGUCGCGGCGCCGACGCGGGGGCGCGCGCUUGGAGCGUCCGCCGCCGCGAAGAGGGUCCUGCGCUCGUCCCUGCGCGCCAGCGCUAGCCCCGACGUCGUCAGCACCGUCCCCGACGAGGUCGUCGCGGAACCUUCUGUGGAGCCAGAGGCGGAGAAGAAGCUGAGCAAGCUGGCAUGUCCAAUCUGCUACUAUCCCCUCGCAAGCUCGAGCGAUCAGUCCUUACCGCUCAAUGUUGCGUCUAGUCUUCAGUGUUCUACCUGCAAGAAAUUUUAUCCCAAUAGAGGGGAUUACUGGGACAUGACUGUCGCGGUUGGCUCUACUGUAUACUCCGAGUCCACGACGGUGUCAACUGAGCUUUUCAGGACUCCACUGGUAUCAUUUCUUUAUGAGAGGGGAUGGCGCCAAAAUUUUAUAUGGGGUGGUUUCCCAGGCCCAGAGAGAGAGUAUGAAACAGCUAAAGCUUAUCUGAAACCGACAGCUGGAGGGAUUAUCGUUGAUGCAAGCUGUGGAAGUGGCCUGUUUUCGAGAUUGUUUGUUAAGAGUGAAUUGUAUUCUCUUGUUGUGGCACUUGAUUUCUCAGAGAAUAUGUUGAAGCAGUGCAAUGAAUUCAUCAAGGAGGAAAAUAUUUCAGAUGAAAAAUUAGCCUUGGUGAGAGCUGAUAUAUCAAGACUCCCUUUCGUGAGUGGCUCCAUUGAUGCUGUCCAUGCAGGUGCUGCAAUCCAUUGUUGGCCAUCCCCUGCUUGUGCUGUUGCAGAAAUUAGUCGAGUCCUUCGACCUGGGGGUGUUUUUGUUGCUUCCACUUUCGUUGCAGAUAUUCUUCCACCAGCUGUACCGGUACUGAGGAUCGGGCGCCCGUACAUCAGCCAAUUUACUGGCACUAAUAUCUUCUUAUCAGAAGUGGAGUUUGAAGAUCUUUGCAGAGCAUGUGGGCUUGUUGAUUUCACAUUUGUGAGAAAUGGAUUCUAUAUAAUGUUCUCGGCUACUAAAGCAAGCUAAUAAAUAACUGCACAGUCAUCUUAAUAUUCUCAUCAAAAUCCUUGAUUGUGCAGUGCAAGUGAAUACACUGUACGCAAAUUGAAUUUUCUGAACUGUACUUCAUUUUAUCAAACAAGGUCCUUAGUCCUUUUUCUGAAUGUUAAAAUACAUUGUUACAGGUUUUUUUCAUGCCUGUCCUAGUUGGACAGAUAGUUUUACGCAAGGGAAAUAUGGUACAGAGCAGCAAGUACACAUUUAUUUUACUUUACGUAUCCAUUGUGGUUGAUUGUAUUAGUAUUUUGUGUAUAGGAGCAUAUUGCAAUCCUGUAACUGUUGUCUAUAAUCUUGUUUGCCGCUGGUACAUACAAACUACAGAGCAUUAGAAGUAUUAUUUUGUUUAUUAUUUAUUUAUAACGAGGAAGAUAUACAAAGUGCGGUGUGCACCCCACAAUA